AUGCAAGUCACCUUCGCCCUGUCUAAUUUGACGGGACGAGCAAACACUUGGGCCUUAGGGCUCAAGCUUCACGACCCAAACGUGUUUGAGUCGUUGGAGAUCUUGAAGUCUCGGCUUAAAGAGACGUUUGAGCCGCGGAGAGCCAAGUUCAGAUCACGCUCUGCACUCUUGAGGCUAAAGCAAGGUAACCGUGACGUGCACGCUUACGCACAGCACCUGCGCUACCUUGCGAGUAGCGUCACGGAAGACCCUGUUGAUGAGCACACGCUCAUCAACGUGUUCAUCUACGGCCUUGUAGAUGGGCCGGUGAAGACCUACAUGUUUCGAGAAGACUUCACACGCUGA